AUCUGGCCAGCUGGUUUUCUCAAAGUUUAUUCCGUAUAAUAAUCGUCAGGCACAACAACAACAACAACUGCGCUUGUCACAUUACAAUAAUUCGUAAACUCGCAGGUGCACAAGUCCAUUUUAGAAGAGAUGAUUGCGCCCCAGUCCUACAUCGGCACGUACUGGAUUGUUCCAGUGCGAAAUUUCCGGCCGGAAGUCGUGCGUGUGCUGGAUUUUCCACGGGACAACUCGCCUCAUGCCACGGUCCUCUCUUUCGGAUAUUUCCGGUCGAACUGCACGCAUUAUCAGGAAAUGGUGGACGUGGAUGGGUCGGAGGUUGAUUUGGCCAUGGGCACGUUGAUCGAUGCACACAUUUCGCAAGACCUGCAGAGAUCCGUUCACGAAAUCAUCUUUACGGAUGACCAGUGUGCUGAACUUGAGGAGUUGCACGCAAAAACGUUUUUCUACGACCGAAAACGUUUCUACACGGUCGUUGAAGAUGGCGAAGAUGUUCUGAAUUGUAGGUUCCCUGAAGAUGCCCCAGUAAAGGAUCUUAUGGAUGCGGUUCGGACCGUGCUGCAACCUGAAAGCGUGCGUCAGGAUGACAACAGCCAGGAAGGACUUAAGGCACUUGCUGCUUUGCGCGCGCUACUGAGCAACAACAAUGCCCUGCUACAACAACUUCAUGAUUCACUUCAAGUUCAUGCCAUCCCAUGCCGUGACAACGAACGAAAGCAGCCCGUGAAAGCGUUCUAUACUCCGUUCCAGCAACAGUUCAGUAUCAUUAACGUUCCUGGGGACGGGAACUGCUUCUUCCGUGCUGCAUCAAUGUCUCUCUUCCUGAACAACGGCUAUCAUGUCCACCUUCGACUAGCCGCAGUGGUGGUGUUGGUGAUACACUUUCACAGCUUCCUCCCCCACCUGACGCCAAUUUCGGUGCGGAAAGGUUUCGGACUCCUCGACAUCAUCUACCGAACAGCCGUUACCGCAGCUGAACUCCCGAAGGAUAACUGGGCCACGGAUAUACAUCUCUUAGCCGUAGCAACUGCUCUCCAACGACAAGUCUGCUCGUACCGCGGAUUUGAUGAUUCAAAGCAUCGUCCUGAGGACUGGGAGACCAUUUGCCCCAACGAGUUGACUAAACGGAUUCGUGUGGAGCGUGACUUGGGCAAGCGUCAUUUGCUGUAUGUUCCGCUCUAUGCCAAGAGCACACGCGCGGAGGAUACGGUGCGCGUGUUGUACUCCAACUAUCAUUAUAUGGGCGUUGUACCGCGCCGGGAGUUGUCCAGAGGGCACUACCUUCCUGAUCCGAUAAAGUGCGCGACUGGAAACUGGAAUCGACGGGAACGGUUACUGCUGUCAGCGUUCCCAGCGUCGUACUCUCUCCGUCACCUUCACCGUCAACGUCUCCCGAAGUGUCGUCACCUGGAAACACCGCUCUCGCCGGCGUCAGUGCCGACGCUGAAGCUGCUGGCGUCGAUGUAG